CCCUCCUCUGGGUCUCCUUAUUUCAGUAGCGAGAUCUCGUCGAAUUCUUCUCAAAAUCUCCGGGAACCAGCUCGUCUAUCCGAUCAGUGUUCCAGAAUCACUUGGAUCGAAGAUGCCGGUGGCAGCUUCCGCCAUCUACUUUCUGAAUCUCCGUGGCGAUGUACUCAUCAACCGCACUUACCGAGACGACGUCGGAGGAAACAUGGUGGAUGCAUUUCGAACGCAUAUAAUGCAAACCAAGGAGUUAGGCAACUGUCCUGUGCGUCAGAUUGGUGGCUGCUCCUUCGUUUACAUGCGAAUCAGUAAUGUCUACAUUGUAAUUGUUGUUAGUAGCAAUGCUAAUGUAGCUUGUGGCUUCAAAUUCGUUGUUGAGGCUGUUGCUUUGUUCAAAUCAUACUUUGGUGGAGCUUUUGAUGAAGACGCUAUUAGGAAUAACUUUGUUCUCAUUUAUGAAUUGUUGGAUGAGAUUAUGGACUUUGGCUAUCCACAGAAUCUCUCUCCUGAAAUUUUGAAGCUUUAUAUUACUCAGGAAGGUGUACGCUCACCAUUCUCAUCCAAGCCCAAGGACAAACCUGUUCCAAAUGCAACGUUACAAGUUACGGGUGCUGUUGGUUGGAGAAGAGAGGGCCUUUCUUAUAAGAAGAAUGAGGUGUUUCUGGAUAUUGUGGAAAGUGUAAACCUUCUCAUGUCCUCUAAAGGUAAUGUUCUCCGCUGUGAUGUGACGGGGAAAGUUUUAAUGAAAUGUUUCCUUUCGGGAAUGCCUGAUUUGAAGUUGGGGUUGAAUGAUAAACUUGGUCUUGAGAAGGAAUCUGAAAUGAAAUCUCGUCCAGCUAAGAGUGGUAAAACCAUUGAGCUUGAUGAUGUCACAUUUCACCAGUGUGUGAACCUAACAAGAUUCAACUCUGAGAAGACCGUUAGCUUUGUACCACCGGAUGGUGAAUUUGAACUGAUGAAGUAUCGAAUAACAGAGGGUGUGAAUCUGCCUUUCCGCGUAUUACCAACAAUCAAAGAGCUUGGUCGUACACGAAUGGAAGUAAAUGUCAAGGUGAAAAGUGUGUUUGGUGCUAAAAUGUUUGCUCUCGGGGUCGUAGUUAAAAUUCCAGUGCCAAAACAAACAGCAAAGACGAACUUCCAAGUGACAACUGGUCGCGCUAAGUACAAUCCAUCAAUCGAUUGCUUGGUUUGGAAGAUAAGAAAAUUUCCAGGACAGACAGAGUCCACACUAAGUGCAGAAAUUGAGUUAAUCUCAACAAUGGGAGAAAAGAAAUCUUGGACAAGGCCACCAAUCCAAAUGGAGUUUCAGGUGCCAAUGUUCACAGCAUCUGGUUUGCGAGUUCGUUUCCUCAAGGUGUGGGAGAAGAGUGGUUACAACACGGUGGAGUGGGUUAGAUACAUAACCAAAGCGGGAUCUUAUGAGAUCAGAUGCUGAACUUAAGAUCACAGUUCAGGUUCAGUGACUUAAGACUUAGGCUCAUGGCUUUUAGCUUUUGCGCCUUUAGCACAUGAAACAGAGUUGAAAAUAUUUUGUGUGUUUUUUUGUCCAUUAGCGAUAUUCGUGUGUUAAUAUGAUUUCUUAUGUCCUGGUAUUGGAUUUGUUUUCAUUUCUUUGUUUGUGGGUUAUCUGCGACUUUUGAUUAAUUUGGUGUCAUCGAACCUGAUAGUCUUUGUGAAGCAGUCGGAUUUUUUAUUAUUAUUAUUUUACAAAACGUUUGAUGGG